GCGGGCCCGGCGUGGCCCCCCGGUCCCCGUUCUGAGCAGCUCUGUCCUCUUCACCCACAGGCUGCGCAGCCCCUGGGUGCCCUCGUGCCUCGGGCAACCCCGCGUCCUGCAGGGCCGACUGGCCAGGUCCUCGCCCUCGCUCUGGGACAGCGCGCUGCAGGAGCAGAAGGGCGAGCUGCGCAAGCGGCUGUCCUACACCACGCACAAGCUCGAGAAGCUCGAGACCGAGUUCGACUCCACCCGCCACUACCUGGAGAUCGAGCUGCGCCGGGCGCAGGAGGAGCUGGAGAAGGUCACGGAGAAGCUGCGCAGGAUUCAGAGCAACUACAUGGCGCUGCAAAGGAUCAACCAGGAGCUGGAGGACAAGCUGUACCGCAUGGGCCAGCACUAUGAGGAAGAGAAGCGAGCGCUUAGCCACGAGAUCGUCGCCCUCAACAGCCACCUGCUGGAGGCCAAGGUGACCAUCGACAAGCUAUCGGAGGACAAUGAGCUCUAUAGGAAGGACUGCAAUCUAGCGGCCCAGCUGCUGCAGUGCAGCCAGACCUACGGCAGGGGCCAUAAGGUGUCCGAGCUGCCCUCAGAGUUCCAGGAGCGCGUGAGCCUGCACAUGGAGCAGCAAGGCUGCGGCCUGCCCUCCCCGCUCUGCCGCCCGGCCUACGCCGACAGUGUCCCCCCCUGCGUCCUCGCCAAGGCGCUGGAGAAGCCAGACCCCGGCAGCCUGUCCUCCCACCUGUCGGAUGCCUCAGCCCGUGACCUGGCCUUCCGCGACAGGCUGGAGAAGCCGGGCCCCCGGCCCCCCUACAAGGGGGACAUCUACUGCAGCGACACAGCGCUCUACUGCCCCGAGGAGCGGCGCCGGGACCGGCGGCCCAGCGUGGACGGGCCCGUGACCGACGUGGGCUUCCUGCGGGCCCAGAAUUCCACUGACAGCGCGGCCGAGGAGGAGGAGGAGGCCGCGGCGGCGGCCUACCCCGCGGGCUACCGGCACGAGGCCUUCGCGGGCUACGCGGCCUCACUGCCCACGUCCAGCUCCUACUCGAGCUUCAGCGCCACGUCGGAGGAGAAGGAGCACGCCCAGGCCAGCACGCUCACCGCCUCGCAGCAGGCCAUCUACCUGAACAGCCGCGACGAGCUCUUCGGCCGCAAGCCGCCUGCGGCCUACGGGAGCAGCCCACGCUACGCCUCGGCCGCGGCCGCAGUGGCCGCCCCGCUCGAGGCCGAGGCGGCCCCGGGCUUCGCGAGGACUGUGUCGCCGUACCCCGCCGAGCCCUACCGCUUCCCGGUCUCCCCCGGCCCCCAGCCCGCCCUGAUGCCCCCCAACCUGUGGAACCUGCGGGCCAAGCCGGGGUCGGCCCGGCUGGCUGCAGAGGACGUGCGCGGCCAGUGGCGGCCGCUGAGCGUGGAGGACAUCGGCGCCUACCCCUUCCCGGCCGCCGCCGCCGCCGCCCCCCCUCCCGGCCGCGCCUCGCCCAGCGGCUUCAGCGACCGCUACUUUGGGGCCGGAGGCGGCCCGGGCGAGAAGGCCGAGGGCCGCGCCAGCCCCCUCUAUGCCAGCUACAAGGCUGACAGCUUCUCGGAGGGCGAUGACCUCUCCCAGGGCCACCUGGCCGAGCCCCGCUACCUCCGGGCGGCCGGUGACCUGAGCCUCAGCCCCGGCCGCUCGGCUGAGCCCCUGCCCAGCUACGCGGCCAGCGAGGGGGAGCGGGAGAGGCUCGGGGUGCAGCUGUGUGGCGCGGGCGGCAGCCCCGAGCCCGAGCACAGCCCCCGGAGCUCCAGGGAUUCCCUGGGGCCCAGCUCCAUGGAGGCCUCCCCGGAGAUGCACCCCGGCGCCCGCCUCAGCCCCCAGCCCGCCUUCCCUCGGACUGGCGGCUCGGGGCUCAGCCGCAAGGACAGCCUCACGAAAGCCCAGCUCUACGGAACCCUGCUCAACUGAGCGCCCACGUGCAGGCCUCGGCCGCGGCCACCCCGCACACCGGGUCCCGAGGGGCGCUGCCUCGCCUCCCCGAUACCCAUCCUCCCGGCCCCGCAAACGAGGACCCCGUCGAGCCUGGGGGGGGGACCCCACCCACGUGUCUCGUCCGCCCCUGCACCGCCACGGUGGACCGUUUCUCACACAGCAACCUCCUUCCCCACCGGAGAUGAGCAGGCCCCCUUUUAUAAAGUGCAACUAUUUUUAUAGAGCAAAAGGGUCUUUCUUAACGCACUCAGCCUCCAGCUCCCUGGAUGGCAGCCUAGGCGUUUUCGACGCAACACUCCUUGAUUUUCGGGUGAGGGCGAGUGGGGCCUGCCCCCCAGAGGGAAGGACGGUGUCCUGCGGAGACCCCCCGCCAGCCAGUGACAAGGGAACCCUGACGCUCUGUCCACAAAGAGGGGAACUGGAACGGGUGGAGGGAUGUGUAACGUUUUCAGCUGUUCUCGCCGUGUGGCUGACGACCACCCCCAGCUCCCCCGUGGUCCGUAGUCCCGAGUGGGGCCGGUGCUCGUCCCCCAGUGUCCCGCUCCCCGGCACCACCUCGCUCUACCUCAGAUGUAAUGAGGCCCUCCGACCCCGGGUUCUGUAGCUUGCUUUCCUGUCGUCUGUGAUGCAUGCCCUGUCUCAGUACUGUAUUUUGCAUUCAUUAAUAAAAGACGUCGGUGGAAAGAA